CAACAAAAAAAGAAGAAACAAAGUUCCACAUCACAUAACUGUGACUGGUAUAUCCGUCCUUCAAGAGCCAUGCAUCGGUCUUCAAUCCAGCUCUCUUCACCUCCAGCGAUAUUUCGCUGCUGCAUGUCAAGAAGAUGCGAUCCUCGGCAAUCCUAACCACAGCCAUCCACCUUUGCGGUGUGUAUGCGCUGAGCCGCCGCGAUGAAAUUGUGGAACAGGCAGCCGCAAGGACAGCAAACCAGUAUAUUGUCGAAUAUAAAACGAGCGAACUCGCCGCUCGCGAUGUAGAGGCAUCUCUCACCUCGCUCGAAGGCAUCGCGGUCCGCAGCUCAUUCGACAGCCCCAUCUUCCAAGGAGCCAGUGUGGAGGUCGCUGAUGGUCUCGACGUCAAGGGCCUCGCGGCGCUGCCAAACGUCGCGCGCGUGUGGCGGAACGAGAUCGUCGCGCUUGAGGAGGCCGCGCCGGGUGAGUUCUUCCCCGACGAUGCCGCCGCCAUCAAGUAUGACGUCUACUCAGCCACCGGGGUCGACAGGCUUCACGCAGCCGGUAUCCUUGGCCAAGGUGUCAAGGUCGGCUUCAUUGACACUGGUGUUGCGUACAGACACCCUGCACUCGGUGGUGGCUUUGGCCCUGGCUUCAAGGUUGCCGGAGGCUGGGAUUUUGUGGGCAAUGGAGCAUACCCGUCGGACCCGAAGAAGCCCGAUGCCGAUCCAGACGACCAGAGAGGCCAUGGAACUCACGUCGCCGGGAUUGUCGCCGGUGCAGGCAAGGCUUGGACCGGUGUAGCCCCCAACGCUACCAUCUUUGCCUACAAGGUAAUGGGCACACUGGACGUGACCGACGUGGAGACACUCGUCGAAGCCCUGCUGCGGGCCUAUGACGACGGAAUGGACGUCAUCACCAUCAGCAUUUCGACCCCGGCCGGCGGUGGCUUUGCAGAUAUUGCCUGGGCCGAGGUGGCAUCUCGAAUCGUGGAGCAAGGAACCGUGGUCACCAUGUCUGCCGACAACAGAGGUGACCGAGGCUUAUUCUGGAUCGGAGACGGGGCUUCGGGCCGCAACGUGAUUGCCGUGGCUUCUGUCGAUGCCAACUCGAGUGCAUCGGCCGGCUUUGCUCUUGACUUUCACGCAGCGGAUGGAACCAAGAAGAGUGUUGUUUCAGGAUAUAUCGGAGCUCCUAAAUACUGGCCAUCUACGAUCCGCGACUGGCCCGUGAUCCCAAUGAACUUCAACACCAGCGAUCCUGCAGACGGAUGCCAACCGUACCCCACUGGCACGCGGAAUCUUACAAACACAAUCCCCCUCAUCCGCCGUGGAACCUGCAAGUUUGCAGUUAAGCUUGGCCAUCUCGGCGCCCUAGGUGCUCAAUAUGUCAUGAUAUACAACAACGACGACCCACUUCUCGAUCCGGCCACCGACGACGCCAAACAGACCAUGGGAUUGGUGACCGCCGAGACAGGCAAAGCCAUCAUCGAAGCCGUGCAGGCCGGAGGCAACGUAACUGCCAGCUUCACGCUCGACCCCGAAUCCCCCGUGGGCAUGCCAAACCCGUCCGGAGGCCGCCCCAGCAUCUUCACCUCGUGGGGCCCACUGUACGACCUGACCCCGAAGCCCGAGAUCGCCGCGCCCGGCGGGCUCAUCUUCAGCACGUACCUCAACGGCGGCUAUCUGCAGAUGAGCGGCACCAGCAUGGCGACCCCCUACGUCGCGGCCACGGCGGCCCUCUACAUUGGCGUCCAUGGCGGCGGGGAUAGGUCGAGUCGACCGACUGGGUUCGCAGCCCAGGUGCGCAGGAGGAUAAUCACAAGCGGCGUGGCGCUGCCCUGGUCCGACGGCAGCGAGACAGACUUUGGCAUGGCGGCGAGCGUGGCGCAGGUGGGUAAUGGACUGGUCAAUGCCUACAAGGUCGUCAAGUACGACACGGUGGUUGACUCGGAGCCCCUGGCUCUCAAGGAUACUGCCAACUUCAAGGGGGAGCAGAAGAUGGUGGUGCGAAAUGGUGGUAGCUCCACCGUGACAUAUACCGUGUCCAUGUCUGCAGCUGGGGGCUUUGAGAUGUUUAAUGCCCAGGGCCAGGUGAAAAAGUUUACCGAGAUCAGCCCCCUUGCCAUGGAGGUGGACGCCCAGGUGCCUGAACCUUUUGUGCUACAGGCUGGGGAGGAAAAGAUCAUCACUGUAACAUUCGCCAAUCCAUCCAGCAAGGGAUGGAACGCAAAAGCGCUGCCUACUUACAACGGCAAGGUUUUGAUCUCUGGCAGCAACGGCGAGCAGCUGUCUGUUCCGUACCUUGGCAUGGCAUCUGACCUCGAAGCCGAGAUGAACCCUAUCUGGGCGACGGGCUUCCCUUUUUCCAAGUCGGGCACGGGAUUUGUAGAUAUUAAAGACAAGGCCUACUACACGUUCAACCUCAGCCGCACCACCCAAGACUUCCCCAAGAUCUUCACCAGCCUUCGGUACGGAUCCGAUCAAGUGCGGUGGGAUAUCUUCGAGGCUGGAUGGACCGAAACCAGCUGGACAUGGCCCCUCGUCCCCGGCACGGGCGGCUACAUCGGCCCCGUCGCCGAGUGGACGCAGGAUGCCAACUACAUCCCGGGACAGCACAAUGCUAGCCUCGUCACGCCGCUCCCGCGGCCCGCCGGCGACCGCCACGCGGCCGGCCAAUUCUUUUGGCUCGGGAAGCUGAGCCACAAUGGAUCUCAGAUCGCGCCGGGCAACUACACUAUGCGCUUCGCCGCCCUCCGACCCUUUGCCGACCCAGCAAAGUCUGAGUCGUGGAGCUUAUUCAAGACGCCUGAGAUACAGGUGCGGCCUUGUCCUGGGUGUGUCGAUUUGCCCUAACCGAAUGAGACUUUGUAUGAUGUAUAUACUGGUAAUUGGUGUUUCAGGGACAUAAAUAUAGCCACGAUAUACAGCAAACAAAAGAGAUGCUCCCCCAGAAGCAGUAACCGCGUGGAUGUUGGCGCCCCGAUCGAGAAGCGCUUUGGUGGUGCCGACGUGGCCAUACUCAGCAGCACGUAUUCGUGUAGAAAGCCCUCUGCAUAGCUCUCACAAUUCCAAAUCGAACUCAUUUCUAAGUUAGAUCUCAAAAAAAAUUUCAGUCCUGCUUUGAUCAGAUAAUAUCUUUAGGGGGUUGUGGUGACA